AGGAUUGCUCGGGGGACCUGUGGAGGAGGGCAUGUGAAGAAAAGCGGAGAGAGCGUUUGAAAUUUCGUCCGUCGAGUCCCCGAGGAAAAUCUUGUCGGCGAUGGCGGCGCAGAAGGAGCUCGACACGGCGGUGCGUGUGGUUCACCUCACUUCCUCUCUCUGCCGGCGAGUCCAGGAGAAGCUCCUCCUCCCAUCCGAAAACGGCGGCGUUCACGUCGAGUCCAAGGACGAUGAUUCCCCCGUCACCGUCGCAGAUUGGAGUGUUCAAGCGGUUGUCAGUUGGGUGUUAUCGGAAGUGUUUGGGGUUGGUAAUGUUUCAAUCGUUGCCGAGGAAGACACCAAGGCUCUCUCUGAGGUUGAUUCAUCUGGUCUGUUGGCUUCUGUCUUGAACACGGUAAAUGAAUCCUUGGCUGAAGCCCCAAAAUAUGGCCUUCCAAAGCCGGAUAAACCUCUCGGCCCCUCUGAAAUCCUCGAGGCCAUUGGCCGAUGCAACUCAACUGGAGGCCCUGGAGGAAGGCACUGGGUACUUGAUCCUGUUGAUGGAACAUUAGGGUUUGUCCGUGGGGAUCAGUAUGCUGUAGCGUUGGCUUUGAUAGAGGAUGGAAAGGUUGUUCUAGGAGUACUAGGAUGUCCUAAUUAUCCAACGAAGAAAGAGUGCCUAACCAAUGGCUGCCGUCAAAUCAUGUCAAAAAUGCCGGGAUCAGUUUCAGAUGGGUCACAGAAAGGAUGUGUCAUGUACGCGAAGAGAGGGAGUGGUCAGGCAUGGAUGCAGCCAUUACUUGGUGGAGGGCAAGAGCUACGUUUUCCAAACUCUGGAAGACUGCUUAAAGUUUCGUCAGUUGAUGAUCCAACUCUGGCAACCGUUUGUGAACCAGUGGAGAGAGCAAACACGAACCACUUGUUCACGGCUGGGCUUACUGACAGCAUGGGGGUUAAAAAGCAACCUUUGCGAGUGUAUAGCAUGGUAAAAUAUGCAGCCAUUGCAUGUGGGGAUGCCGAGAUAUUUAUGAAGUUUGCUCAUUUGGGAUACAAGGAGAAGAUAUGGGAUCAUGCAGCUGGAGUUGUGAUUGUGGAAGAGGCGGGAGGUGUGGUGACUGAUGCAGGAGGGAGGCCGAUAGACUUCUCGAGAGGAGUUUACUUGGAAGGUCUUGAUCGAGGAAUCGUCGCAUGUUCCGGACGAGCUCUGCAUGACAAAAUUAUCGGUGCUGUUUACGCCAGUUGGGACUCUUCCAAUCUCUGAAAGUUCCAUCUUCACUGGUGCAACGCAGGCGCAACAGAGCCAUGUUUAAAGCAUGAAAAACAAUGGCAGGGGCGAAGAAAGGAACUCGAGGAAUAGGAAUACGCACACGAUGGAACUUGGUUUUACUGCUGAGGAGGAUGAAGCCGGGGGGGAACCGUAGCUUACAAAAACAAAAAUAACAAGGGUGUGAUACCCUUUUUGAGAUUUUGAUACUCUUGAGCUUUUCGUUAUGUUGGCAUGUCUUUAGAAUAUAGUUGUGGACUAAUUUGAAUGCACGAUAAAAACUUAGGGGCGGGCAUAUGUUAUUUGAUUAUGUCUUGUAAUACAAGGAAAGAUGUGUUUUGUAACACGGGGCCCUUCUAACACAAGGAAAGAUCGGGUUUUGAUUUUCA